UUGGGAAACUGUAAAUAUGGCAACCACCGAGCAGUGGUUGAAGCUCCUCCAAGAUGCGAAGAAAACUGCGAUUAUCCAGGAUGGCAAAAGAAAGGUGCAUUUCCUGAUGACAGAUGGUCGUGAAAUGGUUGAAGAAUACAGUGUAGACACAAACGUUCUAGUAAAAAGGGCUUGGAAAGAAAAAGGUAAGCUAGGACAAGAAAUUGGUUGGGUAGUUGAAGUAGGUGAUCCAGAGCCCAAUCCUGCAGAUAAUCUUGAAUCUGUGGGUAUUCGUGAAAGUUCAAGUAAUCCCAUAAUUUCAAGAAGGACCACCAAGACUGCUUUAGAAUGGAGGAUAAGGAAUUUAUCAUAUCCAAAAGAUGUGUACUCAGUUACUGCAGAAGAUGAUGGAACUAUCACCGUGCGAACUAGUAAUAAGAAGUAUUUUAAGAAAAUAAAUGUACCUGAUUUAGAGCGAGCAGGGUUAAAACCAGAACAAGACAGGAUAUCUUUCACACACCAAUUCAAUACUUUGAUUAUCACGUACAAAAAGCCUCCAAAACUACUUGAUAUGGAGAAGAAAGUAUAUGAAAUGGUUUCGCAAUUAAAAGUAUCAAAAGAUGGAGAUGUUCAAUGUCCAGCAAGCUAACAACAGGAAUUUAGCUAUAAUAGGAUGUGAAUUGCAUACAAUUUUUCAAGAUAUCAAUUACAUCUUCAAUUUUCAAUUAUAAUACAUAAGUUAGCAUUAGCUUUAUUCAUAUGCACUUAGAAUUUUUGUUUCAGUUGUCGAUCUCACAAAACGUCAUCUCACACGAAAAUUGUUUAAACAGAGAUUUUUUUAUUGAUCAAACUGCACUAUCAUCUUAUAUACUGAAUUCUUUUCAAAUUUUUUGUAAAUAAAGACGAUUCGUUACAAUCUCCUUUCCUAUACCACAUUGCUCUAUUCAACACAGCCGGCGAAGCGCAGGCAAUUAUUGGACGAUAGCGUGCAUCGGCGUCGAACAAGUGCUUUUCAAGCAAUUACAAUAUCGACCGCGUAAAUAAAGCGACGGCAGCACAGACAGACAGCUUCAAAAAGCACGAGAGGGGGCGUCCGUCGGCUGCGUGUGGCCAGUGUUGGUCUUGCUCCGAGCGUAUGAUGCGUUCGGUUUUCUGAAAAAGUGCUGAGAAAAAAUAUUCACAAUGUCGAAAUCGAUACCAGACAGGUGGCUGGACUACAAGGCGUACGGCGAAGUGAUCAUUGGAACGAAAAUCCUGCCUUUCAAAGUACCGCUCAAAGAGACGGUCGCCAGGAACCUGCAGCCCGAGCAGCAGUUCACGACGGCGAUUUUAAUGAAAUCAUUCCCCAAACUCAAAUACAUAAUCGACCUGACCAACACGACGCGUUAUUAUGACCAAGCAGACUUCACCAAAGCCGGCGUCAAGUACCAGAAAGUUAUGAUUCCGGGAAUGCAAGUGCCGCCGCUGGAGUAUGUAAAAAGAUUUUGCAAGGCAAUAGAAACAUUCUCGGAGGAGUGCGGACCAGAUGAGCUCAUAGGAGUCCACUGUACACAUGGAAUUAACAGGGCAGGGUAUUUGAUUUGCAGGUAUCUUGUGCAACAAUUAGGCUGGAAACACUCAGAUGCCUUAAAAGCUUUCGCAGAUGCUCGUGGCUACGCGAUUGAACGUUCGACUUACGUCACUGAUCUCUAUCAUGCACCACGCGACGCAAAGCUGGACGUUAGCAAGGUGAACUUGAACGUACCCGUUAAACCUCAGAACAGCAGGCCUCGCAUGAAGCACCAGGGAGGCCCACGAGGUCCUCCUCCCUUCCCACCCAUGGGCCCACCGGCGCCACGUGGCUUCAUGAACGGAGGACCCUUUCCACCACCACCUCCCGGUAAAUUCGGCCCUCCGAGGCCCCCAGCAUUUGGUCCGCCGAGACCCCCACCACCGAUGGUCGGUCCCCCACCACCGCGUGGUCCGAUGUACAGACCUCCCAGAUCCCCACGUGGCGGACCCUUCGGACCUCUACCCCCACCACCGCCGAUGCGACAUGGACCACCGUUACCCCCACCACCAGGAACUCGAUCCAUGCGCAUACCUCCUGGCCCCCCAAGACCACCUCCAGUCAUGGGACCACCUGGCCCUCCGCCACGUGUACCACCUGGAAUGCCGCCCAGAGUUGCACCACUACCGGGACCUCCGAGGCCCCUACCUGGACCCCCUAUGAGGCUAUCGCCCAGCAAAAUAGUGCCACCUAAAGGACCUAUCACUCGCGCCGUCGGUAGGGCAGGCACCAAACAGCUCAACGAUCAGGAUUUCACCGCAGACGUGUUCGAGGAGAACCUGGCGGCCAAGCCCUCGAGAGCUGGUCACAAAAGACCGUAUCGUAAAAACUGACGAUAGAUGAGAAGAUCGGGAGAAGGAGUGUGAAUUAUACGUGUUUGUGUAGAACGCGCCGAUGAAGAGAGAUUUUUACUGCAUGACUCGCUGGGAGCGUAUGGCAAAGAUUUUUGAUGGACUAAACUGAGCGGAUAUAUUGGGCGCGAGAUCACGUGUAAACAUUGUCAUAAUUUUCAUCGAGCUCAGCGGACGCUUCGCAGUCUGGUAUACAGUUUAUUCGUGUUUUUCUUUUAACGCGUUCACAGAUUUCGAUCGACGAUUUGUAUUAGCUACAAUAGAGCGAAAAGGUAUGUGCUCGUAUCAUGUAUGCAGUUUUGAAGUCUGUGCUCGGCUGAGACUCGCUGCUUUCGUUGCGCCGAACAGUUUUUGUAUUAUCGGCAAGGAGUAAAUGAUGUAUUUUUAUUUCCUUAGUUUUUCUUUCCUCGAACGUGCGUUAUACGAAAGCUCACACUGGUUUUCGUAUUUGCCUCAGUCAACGUUUUCCACCUACUCUACGUAUGAUUGCGCUAGAUAAGCUUCUUUCAUCAUACCUACAUAUAUAUUUUGUGUAUUUUCAAACGCAUUGCAUCGUGAAAGACUAGUAAAUACGCUACUUAUUGCCAUGCCGAAAUCGUGCGAUAGUGGCUUCAAUUAAUUUUGAAUUUAACUAUAAAUAAAUGAUCGUUCUAUAUCAA